AUGUCGAAGAGGGGGUUAGGGAGGCAAGAUAAGGUCUACGUGACAUGCGCCGAAAAGAUGGUCAGGAAACAAAGAGCUAACUGCGUUGGCACGAGUGUGCGCCGCGCUAACAACGCCAUCAACGGUACCGGCCGCCCUCCCGUGUUAAAGAGCAUGUCGUCGUCAACAAUGUGGAAUUCCCAGAAUCUCUAUUGGCCCGUUGGGACCGAAGGAAUUAAACCCUGA